UGUGGAUUAAAUGUGGCCUGUUGGCUCACAAAGUUUGACCUAAGCCAUCUCUUUGCUCGGUAGAAGUCAAUACUACCCACUAUCUUCACUGAGAUUCCAUCUCAAGGGUUGGGAGAAAAACCAACAGUGGUGCUCGUAUCCAAAGUCGGCGAAGAGAAAUGGAAGGGGCGUCUUGAACUAGGUCGUGGGAGGACCUCCGACUCUCUUCUACUGGUGCACCCUGGGGCUUUGUGGCCUCGAACUUCGUCUCCAUUGGAGGUUUGACUGGAGUUGCUGGUGGCGAGGGAUUUCACUAUCGGUAGGGACUCCCACCUGGAAUACAUGGACACAUCGAAAGUAGCGCGAUAGGGGACUGUGUUGUCAUCCUGAAGUUGUCAACCGGUGAACAAGGAACGGCCUUCGUCCACGGGUACCGCCGAGGUGGAGGAGUGACCUUGAUCUAUGAAACGAUGGCGGCGGAUUUGCAGGGCUGGAAAUUGACAUUGCGCUCAACUGCAGGAGCUGCGCUGAAGUGGGCAGCUAGGGGAGCGACAGUAAUCAAAGUGCGCAGCGGCUAAGGGUUGGACUUCACCUUUAAUUUACCGCACAAACGCUAAUUAUUGCCAAAUUAGCGUUUUAAACGUGCUAAUACGAGUGAGGAAGCGGUCCAGUCCAGCUGGUCGUCGACUCACUCUUCCUUAUGGGAGGUCUCGGAUUCGAAACUCAAUGGAAUGAGUUUCAGUCUAGAUUACUCCAGGCUCCCCCAACCCCAUCCCCAGACGACCAUCGGAGUAAAAAAAAACGUGCCAAUACGAGUUUGUACUAAAUUAAAACUUGACUUUUCAAUUUUACCUAGUCCUGAAUUAUAGUUGCAUUAUUGUGAGGAUUCCCCGUUUCUUUUUCAAUUCCAAUUUCACAUCCCCAACACACGGGUAACUCAGUUUGAAACCCGCAGCGGCGGUGUGGAGGUUAAAGAUCCUGAAAUAAGGCUGGACCUUGCACACAUGUAUAAGAUCCUGAAAUAAGUCACCAUUAUUAAUGCCGAGAUAACCUUCUAGUUUUCUUGAAUUGGCUAUAUCCGGUAGUUUUCUUGAAUUGGCUAACACGCAGUAGAUAUGGGUUGGGUUUGGCAGGACGAUGACGACGAUUCUCACAGCUCACGUGACGUCUCCGGCUAUGAUAUCAACAACGAUUCCGUUAACCCUAGCAGGUCAAACGAGAGAGACGGCGGUAAAUGCGCCACCCGGAAAGUCGUAAGGACGCAGUGCCGAACAGAGGAGUCUGAACCUGGCAAGUUCAUCCGAAAGUGCGAAAAGACAGAGCAGAUAUUCAAGGACUGCGUUGGAAGGCCUUCUGAGAUGGUGCAAUCAAACAAAGAAUACACAGAGGAAGACAUGACAAGCCAAAUGACUAAAAGUUUCCCUUUGGAUUCAUCACAGCAAGGGCCUUUUCUUCCCGGACUGCGUGGUGACAUUGAAGCCAUGGAACACAACUUCUUCAGCGGUCUUGACCGUUUCUUUGAUGCAGCGGAGCAGACAAUGAAUGGAUUCUUUGGUUCAUUUGGACUCCCCCAUGCUUAUGAAGACAACGACAGUAAUAAUACUAAAUCAUUCCCAGCCUGGGGUCGUCGACGUAUACCACUCGAGGAAGGCAACCCCUCGAAGGAAUCUUCUACUGGAGUGAGUACUUCCAAUGGAGACAUUGAUUUUUCUGGAUUGACUAAAGAUGUUUAAAGAAGGGUUUGUCGGUGGGAUUAAGGAGGUGUUACUAGUUUGAUUGACAGUUGAUGGUGAACAUGAGCUCUAUGUACCAUAUAAAUAAUACUCCGUAGUUUAAACUAUGUAGCUUUGGGGGUCAAGCGUUUCUUGAUAAUUCACAAUCUGACAGAUCUUUAAAUAAAAAAUGGGACUAGUCUUGAAUUUUUUUUAUACAAAAAACAUAAGACUUUUCAUUAUGAUAAUUAUGCGUUUAUCUC